AUGUCAUCGAAUUUCCAAGAAGAAUCCAAAGGCAAACAGAAAAGAGGAGAAUGGCGAUUGUUCCACGCUAAGGACUUUCAAUCCUUGAUGCGUCCUUGCUUCACUUUCUGUCGUAUUCUUGGCGUAUUUCCAUAUACGAUCAACGCUUCGACUUUCGAAAUGUCAAAACCAUACUGCAUUUUGUCGAUCAUCGUUACCUGCGUUUGUAAUAUUUACGCAUUAAUAACGAUGUUUAAUUCUUCCGUUUCUGAAAAAAUCGAUAUGUUAAAUUUACCCGCCUUUCUUGCGGAUCGCUGGUGUUUUAUGCUUGGUGAUUUCAUAAUAACCGUCACGUUCAUUCUAACCAGGCCGCGAAUACGCUUGCUUCAGACUAUAUUGAAGAUCUCUUCAAGACUGCCCGCAGAAUCAUAUGAGAAGUUAUCUAGAUUGAUUCACGCUAAGGAUAUUAUCGGUCUUAUUUGUUUAAUCGGGCUUAUGUUACCACAUGUUUACACAUUGCAAAUAAAUAUCUUACUUCAAGUAUACAUUAAUCUAGUGGUAUUUCAGAUGGAUAUGCUAUAUAUGAAUUGCAUUUGUAUAUUAAAGAUGUGCUUUAAAAGAAUCAAUGACAAUCUGGCGCAAAUGAGAAAAUCGAUUGCAAAUAAAGAACCACAUGUCCUUAGACUGCUCUAUCACGAGCAGAGAAGUCCAUUGCUGAUCAUGGAGCUCAAGGCACUGGAGAAGCAACAUCUAAUAAUCAGCAACACAGUACAGAAGCUGAAUAUAAUCUUUAAUUUGCAGCUUUUCGCUACAGUAGCAAUAAUCUGCCAUAACAUCAUUUUUAAUGUUUUUUACAACAUACUGUCUUUGCUAUUUCAUUUGUUAACGGACACUCCGAUAAAUCUAUCGUAUCACGUGUACUUUCUCUUAAAUAUGGGACAAAUCUUUACAAAAAUAGCGUUGAUAGUGUGGGCUUGUGAGACGAGCAAACAUCAAGCUUUGCUAAUUAAUACUUCUAUUCACGAUGUGUUAAAUUGCACCAUCGAUGAGCACAUUAGAGAUGAGUUACAAUUAUUUUCGCUACAAACACUUCAUUGCAAUAAUACAUUUUGCGUGAAAGGUUUUGCUGUGGACGCGAAGCUUCUCAUUGGAAUAUUGGGCAGCGUCGCUACGCAUGUGUUCAUAAUGGUUCAGUUCGUACUCGUUUCUUGUGAGGAAAAGUCAGGAAAGAAUGUUGCGGAAAUAAUUUAUAAUAAGUUAUUUAAAUAAACAAACGUGUUAUU